AUGGUCGUCCAGCGUUGCCAUUGGCAACCGUCAAAACUAAAAACAGUUUUGGUCAAAUUGUCGACACAUACACGCUCUGGUUGACUCCCAAGAUGCCAUUGUUCAAUAAGAAGUUUGAAGCAAAGCCCAUACCACCACGCAUAAAUCGUUGUAAUAUUGGCUUUCCAACUGUCACUGAGGAUAUAGACAGUUUUCGUCAGAUCUCUUUGAAUUUGGGCAACAAGGAGCUGCGAUUUGCCGAUGGUAUUUGGAUGCAUUCGACGCGCAAGGGCGAUGUCGAUGAAAUGCUGCGUUUGAAUAAAAAGUUUAAGGCAUUGGAAGAGGAGAAUAAUAUGUGUAACCUAAAGAUUGAGGUUAUGUUGGAUCUGCUGGCAGAGCAUGCAACGGAGCUGAAUGAGCUGAAGCCAAAGGACAAGUGAAAGUGCAAGCAAAGUUAAUGAGAAAUCGUAAACACCGGUCAUAUUGAUUGAAGACGGAAUCACAAACAACCUUUAUUUUAUUCAAUAGUAUAAUUCUUACUCAUACUCA